AUGAAGAUUGGAAUUAUUGGUGCAGGUCAUAUAGGAUCAACCCUUGCAAAACUACUUGUUCAACAAGGUCACACUGUUUUGAUUGCCAACUCAAGAGGUCCUCAAACAUUGAAACAAGUACAAGAGGAGACUAAGGCAAAACCUGUCGAGCUGUUGGAGAUUGUUCAAGAAGGUGAUUUGGAUAUCAUCAUUCUCACAAUUCCAUUUAAAAACGUUUCUCUCCUUCCCAAGAAUUUGUUCCAGAACCUUCCUCAACAAGUGAUUGUGGUUGAUACGUGCAAUUAUUAUCCAGGAGUUAGAGAUUCUCCUACUGAUGAAUUGGACAAGGAGAUCAUUACCCAUAGUGAAUGGGUUUCUCAACAAAUUGGUCAUUCUGUAGUUAAAGUGUUUAACAAUAUUUUGACACAUAGUUUGGCAGUUAAGGGUGCUAAAAAAGGUCAAACAAGAAUUGCACUACCAGUUGCUGGAAAUGAUCCUUCAAAAAAGAAAGUGAUCCUUGAUUUGGUUGAUCAACUUGGAUUUGAUCCUGUUGAUUCUGGAACUUUGGAUGAAUCAUGGAGACAACAUCCUGCCACACCUAGUUAUUGUACUGAUUUGAAUGUGGAUGAUUUGAAACAAGCCCUUCAUAGUGCUGACAAAACGAUUAGAGUUCAACUUCUCAGUCAAGCAUUUUCUCAAUACGGUAAGGUACAUCUUGCUUAUUGUGAAAAGCAUGGAAAAGAUGCUACCAAGUUUACAUUUCAAGACUUACUAGAUGAGGGAGGUGAUGAAAUCAAUGACAUUGUUGUCAACAUUAACCGUUCAUUGUAUCAAUAA